CGAAGCCCCACACGUCCGCGGGGCGACAUGGCGCUCAGUUCGGGCGGCUGGGCUCCGCAGGUCUCGCUGCUCGGUUCUUCCCAGUCCGGAGCCUUCGACGUCGGCCUCGCUCCCUCUUCGGCUUGCUGUAGCACAGUCUUAAUGUCCGUCCGCGUGUCGGUGUCCCAUUCCGGUAUUCGUCCCUUGUGCCUGCCCGGAGCAGACAGCGAGGCUCUGCGACUCCAGCUCAGCAUGGAUCCGAGCCGGGCCGGAGAGUUUCGAUUGGCCCUGCGGGACACCAGCGGGAACCGCAACGUGUUGGUAGAGUUCGACCUGCGCUCGGUGCACUACGAGGUGAAGUCGGCGCGCUGCCAUGAGAUGCGUCUGACGGCGCCGCCUCACGACUUUAUCCGCUUUUCCUUCCGCUGUGAUCGCGAGGCAGAGGAGUGGGCCACCGUGGUCAUGUCGUCGCUGCGAGAGGCCCAACGGGUUGCAAACAUGGCCACCUAUGAAACAAGCGGCAAGCAAAUAGAGGCCGUCGCCGCUACGGAACCGUCGCUUCCGCUUGUCGAGGAGCUUUGCUUGGAGCUCGUCAAGGCGGUGGAGGCCGGCGACGCACAGGCUGCUGCCCACCACGCGUCGGCGCUGGCCCGGCACAAAGCGGCUCUGAGCAUCCAGCCGGCGGAGAAGAACUACGCUAGUGGGGAGAUCAGCUUGUCCGUGGUGGUGGAGGACGUUUCGUCUUCCUGUUGCUUCACAGUCAAAGUCUUCCCCUACAUGACGGUGGCUGCACUCAAACAACAGGUGUUUGCCGAGUACGGCUUCCACCCACGCGUGCAGCGCUGGGUGAUGGGUCAGUGUCUAUGCACAGACCCCCGCUCACUGGCGUCCUACGGCGUGCAGCGCGACGGCGACACGGCGUAUCUCUACUUGAUCUCGGCGCGCCAGGCUCGCAUCACGCGACAGCUGUUCCAGCAGGAUCUGGAGGGCGCCCUGUCCGCCCCGGCCCUUCUGCCCGGCAACGGCCCCGCGUCACAAGACCGCCGAGGCUACAGCACAUUGCCACCGCGGUUACCCCACACCGGCCAGGGUGGUGGCGAUAAACCAGCGGACCUACAGGUUGUUCUUGACAUGGAGAAUCUGCAUUUGAGCAACAAACCUACUAGACCACAGACGGAGUGGGCGUGUCCCUCAUGCACUUUCAUCAACAAGCCUUCUCGUCCGGGCUGCGAGAUCUGCGCUACAGCCAAACCCGACGCACACGCCACCAACGUCCUCCAGCAGGCAGCGCGCGGCGAGCUGGCCUCGAGCAGCAGCUGACCACCCUUUGCCGCCAUCUCCUCUCUCGUACACCUCACACACACAUGCACGCGUGCGCACACACACACAAACACAAUGCUAUGCCAGUGUUGCCAUACAUGUUGUCUACAUACACCGCAAUGAUUGUCAAGUGCACUGAAACUCCUGGCAGCCGAUUGGCUGCUGGAGACGUUUGAAGCACUGUAGCAUGACGCCGGAAAGGAGAGUUUGGCCAUUGUUCACGGACAAAACCCUUCAAGUUUAGCCGCACCUCGUUUUUUCUUUUUUAAUUUAAAUUUUAAGAAAAAAAUGGUGCCCUUAUAUUUAUUGAAGGGGAGGCGGUGCCGGCAGGUGCGGGAGAACGUCGGGGUCUCUGUUAGGCUAAAACUGUGAAGUUGGCGUUGGAGAUGACAGUUUGUUUACAGGGUGGUUACAAGUGCUUUUACUCUUUACAAAUCGACUUUGAUGGACAUGUUUUUCUUUUCAACUAUUUUUAAUCGGUGUACAUUUUAGGAGCUUUGAUUUGACUUCACAUUAGAUUCCCUCUUCAAGGUGUAACAGCAACGGAAUGAUAUCAGUACAUAUGACUGGGUUUAAAAAA